AGCGCCUAUUGGGCGCCCUAUUCCUCUCCUCGGGAAGUGAUAGUCCGGUUAGAUGUCAAUUAAAGGGUUUGGUAGCCAUCAGUUUGUGAUCUCGAAGUUGGCGGAUGCCUGACUUCAGGAAUGCAGGUUGAAUUCAAAUCUAUCCUGCGGCUAACGGAAUAAUCGAGGGGGCGACGCGAGGCUCUGCUCGCGGAACCGUUGGCUAGCGUGGGGCCGGCGUGCGAUUGGGAGGCCGGGCCGGUGGACGGAAUGCUGGGGGUCGGAGCCGUGUGUGUGCAGCUCAGGCUCAGCAACACCAAGGACUGCUUCCUGCACCUGGCAUCGCAGCGAGCGUCGCAACUUCACCUGGAGGAGUGCCAAGCAAUUGAAAUAUCCUGGGGUCUUCAGCAGUCAGCUUUUCUAAGUUGGGUAGAACGAAGAUAUACUGGAUUUGAAGGAGAAAACAUUGCAGAGGUCAAUAGGCAACUGGGAGAAAAACUUGGGCUCCAAAAUGGAGAACAGGUAUUUCUUAGGCCCUGUGCACAAGUCUCCUCAUGUCAACAAGCUGUGGUGGAACCCCUUUCACCUAGUGACUGGGAAAUAUUGGAGCUGCAUAGUACAUCACUUGAAAGGCAUAUUAUGGACCAGAUCAGAAUAGUCUUUCCUGGAGGAAUAUUUCCAAUAUGGGUAGGGAAGCAUACUGUGAUAUAUAUUGAAGUUGGUUCCCUAAUGCCUGCUGCUGCAUAUGGAAGGUUAGAGCCCUUCACUGAACUCAUUGUGUCACCUAAACUGCGGCAAAUUGAAGGAAGUUCUUUUGUUGGAAACAGUAUUUUAAAUAAAGAGCUUAACUUGGGCAGCAACAAAAUACAUAAUGAAAAUUUGGAAAAACCUAGGAUUGAGCAUCCUUCCAAGGGGCCACAUAAUCAACACAGAAUGAAUGAAAAACAUGUAACCGAAAAUCAAGACUUUUUUAACAGAAGCUUCAUGUCAAAUCUAUGGCAUAUGAUAAAAAACCUUCUCUUGGUAAACUCGGAUGUUCCAGAACAACUUUCUUCCAAAGCUGUUUGCAAAGAUACUUUUUUAAACACUAUUUCCAUGUCCUUUGAAAUAGACUCAACAUUCAGAGUGUGUAAGAGAUUCCCAUAUAACUUAGAAAUAUACAGCUCAGUACCAUGGAAUCAAAGGCAGCCUGAUACAGUUCAUAUCUUUCCUUGGCAUCAAGAUAUGCUUACUCUGGAUAACAGUGAUACACAGAUUAUUUAUGGGAAACUGACAAAACUUUUGUCAUGUAGGCAACAAAAAGAAAUAUCCAAGCAAAAUCUACAAACAGAGAAGAAAAAUAUUGUCCGUGUUGGAAGUGACACAAAAACAGGAGUUAGUGAAGCAGAAGAUGAAUCCUGCAUCAUUAAAAUAAUCUGUCAUGGGUGUGAACAUUUAAAGUGUACUAAGUCUGCAGGUUUUCACAGUGGAAAAGUUUGGAUUCCAGAUAGAUUAAGAAAGAAGUUGAACAUCGAAGUAUCUGCUGCAGUCAGGAUAAAUUUGUUAAAAUUAGAUCCUUCCCUUCCGGCCAGAAUUCAAUUGCAACCCUUACAAACACUGCCCCAGGAUAUUAAAGAAGAUGAUAUUAAAUCCUCCUUCCUUUCCUGGCUUAAUGUUGUGAGCUCUGAGGAAUUGCCAUAUUUUGCAACAUUAUCAAAUCUUGUACAAAUACCAAUUGCUGAACGAGAGAUCGAGUUUAUGCUGUUUGUGGAACAACUUGUAGCAAAGUCAAAAAUUGAAGGGAACGUAUGUUUUUUAUUGUAUUCCCAUUUGGUUAAAGAAAUAUCUAUAGAGGUGGUUAUGCAUCCUGCAACUGUAGACUCCAAUGUGGUAAAGACUGUGGAUGAUAUUGACCAGAUUCUGCCAUAUUACAAAUUGAACUGUUUGGGAGGGGUUCGUGAGCUUGCCGUGUCAACUUUUGAGCACAUCUCUCUCAGCCUAUUAGGCCACCCGCUUUCAUGGGAAAUUGCUUCAAUUGCACAGGGCCUCCGAAGUGGAGGAGUACUGCUUACAGGAGUAAAGGGCAGUGGAAAAACUACUUUAGCAAAAGCCAUUUGCAGAGAGGCAUCAGAUAAACUGGAAGCACAUGUGGAAAUUAUUGACUGUAAAACCUUGCGAGGUAAAAGGGCUGAAAAUAUCCGUAAGAAAUGGGAAGAUGCUUUCACAGAGGCAGCGUGGAGACAGCCUUCUAUUGUUCUUUUGGAUGACUUGGAUCAUAUUGCUGGAGCUGUCUCUACUCCAGAACAUGAACAUAGUGCCGAGGCUAUUCUUAGCAAGCAGCUUUCUCAAAUUUUGAAGAAUUUGAUUGCUGUGGCAGUUUCACAAGCGACUCUUAUUGCAUUGAUAGCCACCAGCAUUUCUGAAUAUACUCUACAUCCCUCUCUUGUUUGUGCUGAAGGAUCUCACAUAUUUCAGUGCAUUCAGGAUAUUUCACUUCCAAACCAGGAUCAGCGAGUACAACUCUUAACUUCUGUAAUUCAAAAUAAAAUCAUUAUACCAUUGGAGACAUUACAAAACAUUGACCUACAAGGACUGGCUAAAGCAACCGAAGGCUUUGUAGCAAGAGAUUUUGUCAUAUUGAUGGAACGGGCUAUGCACUCACAUGUACUAACUAGUAAAAACAUCAGAGAACAAGAACUACAUUUGACAACGUUGGACUUCCAGCGGGCUCUCGAGGGAUUUACACCUACUUCUCUAAGAAAUGCCAAGUUAAACAAACCAAAAGAUUUGGGUUGGGACAAAGUGGGAGGGCUACAUGAAGUAAAACAAAUUCUUACGGAUACCAUACAAUUAUCUGUCAAGUAUCCACAGCUGUUUAUAAAACUACCUAUACGACAGCGAUCUGGAAUCCUGUUGUAUGGGGCACCAGGAACUGGAAAGACAUUAUUAGCAGGUGUCAUCACCAGAGAAAGUGGAUUGAACUUUAUUAGUAUUAAGGGUCCGGAACUACUGAGUAAAUACAUUGGUGCAAGCGAACAGGCAAUUCGAGAUGUUUUCAGCAAGGCACAGGCAGCUAAACCUUGCAUCCUUUUCUUUGAUGAGUUUGAUUCCAUUGCACCUCGCCGUGGUCAUGACAACACUGGUGUAACUGACAGAGUUGUUAAUCAACUACUUACACAGUUGGAUGGAGUAGAAGGUUUACAAGGUGUUUAUGUGUUGGCUGCCACAAGUCGGCCGGAUUUGAUUGAUCCUGCUCUACUGAGGCCAGGUCGACUAGAUAAAUCUGUGUACUGCCCUCCUCCAGAUCAGGUGGCACGCUAUGAGAUAUUGAAAGCUUUGAGCCAGUCUUUACCUUUAGCAGAUGAUGUUGACUUCCAACAAAUUGCAACUAUGACUGAAUACUUUACCGGAGCUGACCUGAAAGCUUUACUCUACAAUGCCCAGCUGGAUGCAGUUCACAACACUCUUUCCUCCAGUGUAUUCCGGGAUGCAGGUUCAGGUUCCGAUAGUGAUAUGAGUUUAUCUUCCAUGAUCUUCUUGAAUCACAGCAAUGGUUCUGAUGAGUCUGUAGGGGACGUAGAAAGAUGGUCAGAACAUUCUCCAGUUUACCUGGAUACCAGUGAAAUAUUACCUGAUGAUCCAUGCCCCAACAUCUGGCGCCUUUACUUCGGAAGCUCUUGUGAAUCAGAACUGGGAACUGGAACGUCUUCAGAACAGAACUCUCAAUGUUUGUCUGGACCAAAUUCAAUGACCCUUGAUCACAUGAUCACAUCUGUUAGAGACACCAUAUCUUCUCACCCCCCUGCUUACAUGAUGUCAUUGCAAGAAGGAUACCAAGAACUUACUCAGGAGCAAGUGGAACGUCUACAGAUUGAACUAAACAUUAUUAAAGCAAAUACAAGGAAGAAGAACAUGGAAGGUAUUUCCCACAAUCAGUCAGCACCCAUGAACUCUUCACAAUUUAUUUGUCAAUCCCACCUACUGACAGCACUGAAAAAUACAAGACCCUCUAUUAGUCAGCAAGAAUGGCAUAACUUCAUAGAACUGUAUGAUGGCUUUCAGAAAUCUAGAGACACCAAGAGGCAGAGUGGAGUCAUUAUUAAGGCUGGACAGAGAGUUACCUUGGCAUAAGAGAUUUCUUUUGACAACUCAUAUGUAAGAUAAAUUUGUUGCACUACUAGUACAAUCUGACUUUUUUUUUGAUUUCAGGAUAUAUAAUGUUAUCUGAAGUGGACUAGAAACAAAAUCUUGAAGAAUGUAUUUCACAAAUAUGUCAAUUAUCCUUGAAACUGUGAUCAACUUUAACUCCAUUAUGUUCAUAUCGUAGCUUCUUUACCCAAUAAAAAGUACAUUUUUAAA